AUGGUGGAGGUGAGAGGAGCUUCCACGUGGACAGAGGAGUUAGCCAGUUUAGUAGCGGACACCGGAGUAAUCUACUCCGCCGGAGAAUCACUCGGUAUAUCAACGCCGGCAAUGAUCUUCAAAGAAUCGGAAUAUAAAAGAGAGGAGAGUGUGAAGGAUCAAGUGACGGGGUUUAUGAAAUCAUGGGGGGAAAUGCUGUUAGAUUUAGGUCAAGGAUGUAAAGAGAUUUUGCAGCAGAGUUUAGUAACUGAAGAUUCGUUCAUAGUUCAAAAAGUUGGAAAACCAAUGGCCAAAGUUUCGGAUAGAUUCAAGUUUUUGAAUGAGUUUUUACCCGAGGAUCGCGAUCCGGCUCAUGCUUGGCCUGUCAUCCUCUUCGUUUUCAUUCUCGCUCUUGCUGCAUUGAGUGUAAAUAGCACACAUGAUAGCUCAGUCGCGCCAGCGAGGAGAAUGCGUAUACAUCCGCCUACUGCUACUCGGAUACUGCUUCCAGAUGGUAGGAACAUGGCUUAUCAUGAAGCUGGUGUUCCUGCUAAUAGAGCAAGGUUUUCCAUGAUUGCUCCUCAUUCUUUUCUUUCGUCUAGACUUGCAGGUAUACCUGGAAUCAAAACAUCUCUGCUUGAAGAGUUUGGUGUUCGCUUGGUGACAUAUGAUCUUCCUGGUUUUGGAGAGAGUGAUCCACAUCCUGGAAGAAAUCUUAACUCGUCUGCAUUCGAUAUGCGCCACCUAGCAAAUGCUGUUGGUGUUAAUGGCAAGUUUUGGGUGCUGGGUUAUUCCACUGGAAGCAAGCAUGCUUGGGCUGCUCUCAGAUACAUUCCGGAUAAUGUUGCCGGUGCUGCUAUGAUUUCCCCAAUGACUAAUCCUUACGAGCUGAGUAUGACAAAGGAAGACAAGAGAAGAACAUGGGAAAAGUGGUCGUCGAAAAGGAAAUUCAAGUACUUCCUAGCUCGGAAGUUCCCGAAGUUUCUCUCUUCUUUUUAUCGCAGAAACUUCCUAUCCGGUUUCCAUGGCCGAAUUGAUAAGUUGAUGUCUCAGUCACUUGGGAGGAAGGAUGAAAUGUUGAUUGAGAAUCCAAUAUUUGAGGAAUUUUGGCAUAGGGAUGUGGAAGAAUCAGUCCGUCAAGGGAGUACAAAACCGUUUAUUGAGGAAGCUGUGCUACAAGUUUCAAACUGGGGUUUCAGCUUGGCAGAUCUUCAGGUGCAGAAGAAGUGUCGAAGUCAAAGCAUUCUUCAUUGGCUCAGAUCCAUGUAUAGUCAGGCAGAAUGUGAAUUGGCCGGAUUUCGUGGCCCAAUUCACAUGUGGCAGGGGAUGGAUGAUCAUGUAGCACCGCCAUCAAUGACCGACUACAUAAGCCGGAUUCUACCUAAUGCGAUAUUGCAUAAGCUUCCAAGUGAUGGACAUUUUUCAUUUUUCUACUUGUGUGAUGAAUGUCAUAGACAGAUAUUGUCUACACUUUUUGGAGAUGCCCUAGGUCCUCUUGACAAGAUGGAAAUGGAUGAAACUUCAUUGGAAGAGGUAGCAUUAUGAAAUUUGACUAUAGAUGAACCCUUGUUGUCUCUCUUUUUGUCAGUUUUUGAUGUAAAUAUCACAGCCAUGGAUGGCUUCUUAUGCUGCGGAAAGCGUUAAAUGAUAUCUUGAGGUAUUUUCAUCCCAAAUUUUUGGAGGAUAGGUUGAAGAAAGCGGUUAAAAGCAAAGAAGCUUCAAAUCUCAAUGAAGGUUUUUCAUUUCUUUACUUAGGUGGAUUCUCAUAGUCUUAAUGAUGCACUUGUAAUUUCCUUUUACCUGUACAGAGAUUUGAAAAUAACAUCUAAUUUGUAUUUGUGAGUGUUUCUUCCCUUUAA